AUGGCAGCACAAGCACCCAUGAAAGUGGGUGCAAGGGUGGAGGUGAUUGGAAAGGGUGUCAUUGGAACAGUAGCCUACAUUGGAGCCACUGUCUUUAGUUCCGGCAAAUGGAUUGGCGUAGUUCUAGAUGAAGCAAAGGGCAAGAAUAAUGGUACUGUUCAGGGCAAAACUUACUUCACCUGUGCAGAUGAUCAUGGUAUUUUUGUGCGACAAUCACAAAUUGCUUUACUAGAAGACCAGAAGCCUCCUGCAGAUGCACCUACGGAGCCUAUAGCUGCCACACCUAAACAACCUGUCAAGCUGCAGCCACCAGCUUCAUCUGCUAGGCCAGUUAGUACACCAGCUACCACUGCCAAAAAAUCUGGCCUGCGACCUCCAGGAACCAUGACUAAAAGCACAGAAAGUCUUGGAGAAACUCCUGCACCACCUGCUACUGAAGUCAAAGCCAAACCACCUGCAGACCCAAGUGCUACCCCUGUCUCCAAAAUUUCUAGACUGCCUCGUAACAAUAAAGAACCCACUCCUGUAGAUGAGAAGGGUGCACCCUCGGUACCUGAGACAAAGUCAUUGACUGACUCAUUGAAAUCAUCAGUCGAAAGUCUAGGUCCUGGUAUUACACAGUCAUCAGCACAGAUGAGCCUUAGUCAGCUGAGCAUGAUGUCAGGCUCCCAAUCGUCCAUUGAUGAGCGUUUGACCAACGUCCAGCAACAGCAGGAAAUUGAGGGACUUCGGGUGGAAGUCAAGGACCUCAAUGAAAAGCUGGAGACAUUGAAAAUAAAGAGAGGCGAAGAUAAAGUCAAAUUAAAGGAAUUUGAGAAGACAAAAAUUCAGUUGCAGCAGCUGCAAGAAUAUAAAUCCAAGAUGCAGGAAACCCAUGCUGAUUUACAGAGACAGUUGCAGGCAUCAAAGAAGGAGUUCUCAGAGCUUCAGCAAGAAUUUGAACAGUACAAGGAAGAAAUGGCAGAUGUUACUGAAACAGUUGAGAUGGCCACUCUGGAUAAAGAAAUGGCUGAGGAAAAGGCAGAAAGCUUGCAAGCAGAGUUGGACACUAUGAAAGAGAAAGUUGAGGAACUAUCUGUAGACCUGGAACUGCUUCGAAACGAGAUCUCCACAAAAGGGUCAGAUGGCGUAGCAGCAACUUUUGAAAUGAAGCAGUUAGAGCAGCAGAAUGAAAGGAUGAAGGAUGCCUUGGUAAAACUUCGGGACAUGCUGAACUCCGAGAAGCAGGACCGGGCUCGCAGUGAUAAACAAAUAGAGAAGCUAGAAGGGGAGCUGUCUUUGUUGAGGAAAGACAGAGAGCGUCUACAGGCUCUGGUGUCCCAGUAUGAGAAGGAGUUGAUUGAUCUGAAGGAGCAGGUGGAUGCUGCUCUGGGAGCUGAGGAAAUGGUUGAGCAGUUGACUGAAAGAAACCUCAAGCUGGAAGACGAAAUCAGAGAGAUUCUAGAGGAGAAGAAUGAUUUGGAAGCUCUGAAUGACAUGAAUGAGGAACUGCAGGAGAAUGCCCGGGCUACAGAGUUGGAGCUGAGAGAAGAGCUGGACAUGAAGAACAUUAAACUGCUAGAGCUUCAGAGAAAGUUGGAUGGCACCCAGGAAACAUUUGCAGAGUAUGACAAAACUUUGAAUAAAUUCAGGGAGCUGGUAGCCAAUUUGCAGGAUCAGCUGCGUAGUAAGCAAGUGGAGAAUGAAUCAAAAGUGGAGACACCUACUGCUGAACUCAUGGACUUCAAGACUAAAUUUGCUGAAACUAAAGCAUAUGCUAAGACAAUUGACAUGGAGCUGAGGAAGCUUGAUGUUCAGCAGGCUAAUACUCAUAUCAAGAUGCUGCUGUCUUUUAUGCCUGAGGCCUUUAUGGGGAGAGGAGGUGAUCAUGAUGCUCUAUGUGUGUUGCUAAUGAUUCCUCGCAUCAUCAACAAGGCUGAACUCCUUGCCUCACAGGUGAAAGAUAAGUUUGAUAUUACUGAUAAAAUUGAGCGAGACCAUGUUUUGAAGAGUCACAAAGCUGAGCAGUGUAGCUUUGCUAACCACCUGAUCUUGCUGCUGAAUGUGCUACAAGGCAUCAUGAAACAGUAUGAAAGUGCCCUAAACAGCUGUAGCACUGAUUUGUUCCUGAAAAUAGGAACUCUGCUGCCUGAAAUGACAGCUCAUGAAAAAACUGUCGAUUACUUCAUUGAUCUUCUUCGAAAGGAUCAGUUGGAUGAAACUGUGUCUGUUGACUUGUUGGAGAAAUCCAUCAGCUUUUUCCAGCAAUUGUACACAGUACACCUAUCUCAUGAGCGUGUGGACUGUACACACUUGAUGUCGUACACUGUCCGGGUCGUGCUUACUGCUUGUGAUGCUAUUUCCACAGAAAUUACUAGACUAAAGAUUUUACUUCUGCCAGGACAGGAACAGAGUAAUUUCUCCAUCUUGUUGAAAGACCUAGAGACCUGUAACAAUGACACGAGGACAUGCACCAGGAAGAUUAAAAGACGACUGCCUCAGGAGGGCUCUGCAGCUGCUACUCCGCUGAAGUUUGGAAAAGAGAUUCAGGACCUGCUAACCGAUGCUUGUAAACAGGUUGGACUGGUGGCCCGUGUUUUGAAGAUUGUAGCAGCCGGAGCUGUGCAGCAGGCUGCCAUUAUGACAGGUGGGAAGCUUCAUGAGUUGGAGAAAAUAGGUAAAACUUUGU